ACAAUUACUGCCAGAAUGCCACCGGCUCUAGGGUACAAGAAGUCUCGCACAGGGUGCUUACGAUGCAAGCAACGAAAAGUCAAGUGCGACGAAAACCGCCCUUGCCUUGCCUGCGUCAGACACGGUGUUGUAUGCACCCUUGUGGUGUGCCCCCCGGAACAAGCUCAGCCGUCCUCAGCCGGGUUAAGUCAAGGAGGAGAGCAACUGCCACAGGAGAAUGCCGUAGUCACCGCGCAGCUCGGCGCCUCGAUAUCCCAUCCAGCGAUUGACCCGGCCCUGUCCAGCAACGAGCUGUUGUUCAGUUUCGAUCCGUACUCGUAUUUUGCAAGAUUCACCAGUCAUCAGACGGAGAAACAUGCCAGGUCCAACACCGGUUCCUGGAUAGGUGAUCUCGAGCUCAUGCACCACUGGUCAACGCAUACUCACUCGACGUUGCCAAGAGCAAAGGACGCCAAUGAUGUGUGGCAGUUUGAAGUGCCAAAGAUAGCAAUCAAGCAUCAGUUCCUUAUGAACCAGCUUCUCGCACUUUCGGCCUUUCACCUUGCCUACCUGAACCCAGGUCAGCGCCAUGUUUACGCACUGCGGGCAUCGCAGCAUCAGGAUCACGCCGUCCGUCUAAUGAGGAUAGCGCUGGCAGAGAUAACAGCCGAGAAUUGCGAUGCGCUCUUUGCGGCCUCCCUCUUAUUCUCUUUUGGAGGAUUUUCUGGCGUGACGAACCAGACAAAUGGAUUAGAGCCGUCUGUCGAUGAUAUCUUGGAUAUCUUUCUCCUCACCAGAGGCAUCGAUGGUGUUCUGAAGACAGAGGAGGAUAACAUCUCCAAAGGCGCUUUACAUGAAUUCUUUGGGCUACCUAAACAUCCCGUUCCGUCGAUGCCCGCCGGUCUACAGACUCUCCUCGACAAAAUUAUUGAUCUUCAACUGCAGCUAGAGACCCACCAGUUGGAUGACCAUAUCCAGGCCCUGGUCGAGGCUGAGAUUAUCAGUCUCAUUUCAUGCAUUCACAAUGCAAAUGCUACUGCCCCGAUGCCUGAAGUGCGAGUUGUCUCGACUUGGCCGAUGCAUCUUAACCCAGACUUUAUCACUCUUCUUCGCCAACGACAACCUGCCGCAGUGGCCCUCUUGGCGUAUUUCUGUGUUGUCUUGCGCAUUACUGAAUCGACAUUUUGGUUUAUGAAGGGAUGGGGGCUCGGUGUGGCAAGGUCUAUUGCAAAUACUAUCGAUCCGUUAUGGAAUAGUAUUAUAGAGUGGCCAAUGGGCUAUAUUGCUGGGCAAGAUAUAGCCAACUAGCAACUGAAACUGCCAGACAUUGUUUUAGCUUUAAAAAUAUAAUAUUAUAGUAGUAUUGAUAGUUCCUGCUUUACGAAAGAAGUUUGGAGGAAUGAAAGAAAUUGGGUGUAUGCAUUCGGAUUUGGAGUACCUGGCCCCUUGAGAUCAACUCACUGGUUUUCCGUUGCUAGGCCGAGACAGUGUGCACAAAUAUCAGCUAGAAAUAGAUGUUAUGUAAAGACUAAUAACAGCAGACGGGACCAACUUUCCCUCCUCCAUCUUCAAA